ACAGACGGUGAAAAGAGGAGAUGGUCUACAGCUGACAAAGUGAGCUGAAAUGAGCAAUUAUCAAGCGAUAAGUCCUGCUUAUUUUAGUUCAAGUGGAUGUAGUUAAAAUAUCCGUGCAGUCUGACGCAUGUUGAGUGGCAGUCGACUUGAGUUUUGUUGUGUUAUCGUCGUGUUUCUGCUGCGGGGAUAUGAAGGCUCACAGCGGUGAAGUCGGAGUGUUUGUCCGGAUCCGACCAACGGCCAACUUCUCCCGAGACAUUAUUGAAUGUCUUCCCGACGGACAGACAGUGAAUAUUCAUCACAAGAAAGACACCAGGAAGCCCCUGGACCCCAGAAAAAUUCAGCUGAGUUCUUGGUCAUUCCGACUGGAGGGCGUCCUGCAGGAUGUAUCCCAGGAAGAGGUGUACGCCAGGGUUUGCCGACGGGUGGUACUAGGAGCACUGGAUGGCUAUAAUGGUACUGUGAUGUGUUUUGGGCAGACAGGUGCAGGAAAGACCUACACCAUGACAGGCUCCACAGAAUCAUACAAGCAUAGAGGCAUCACUCCUCGGGCCCUUCAGGAGGUGUUUCAGGAGGUGCAGAAAAGGGCGGAGCACGCUUUCUCUGUAUACCUGUCCUACUUGGAGAUCUACAAUGAGACCCUGGUCGACCUGCUGUCCUCGUUGCAAGGCUCAGCACACCCAUCUCACCGUAGUAUGGUGAUUAGUGAGGAGCCGGGCAGAGGAGUGUUCAUCAGAGGUCUGUCUCUUCACCCUGUCCACAGUGAGGAGGACGCUCUGAACCUGCUGUUUGAGGGUGAUAUGAAUCGCAUUAUUGGAUCUCAUGCUUUGAACAGGAACUCCUCCAGGUCCCACUGUAUCUUCACUGUGCAUAUAGAGUCUCGCUCACGGACUCUUUCUGAUGCCAAGUAUGUCACCUCCAAGUUGAACCUGGUGGAUUUAGCUGGGUCAGAGAGGCUGGGAAACACUGGGUCAGAGGGUCAGAUGUUGAAGGAAGCCAUGUACAUCAACAAGUCAUUGUCUUUCUUGGAGCAGGCCAUCCUGGCCCUGGCAGACCGUCGCAGAGACCAUGUUCCCUUCAGACAGACUAAACUCACUCAUGCCCUCAAAGACUCAUUGGGAGGGAACUGCAACACUGUGCUUGUGGCCAACAUCUACGGCGAGGCGUCACAGACAGAAGAAACACUCUCUACACUGCGUUUUGCCAGCAGAAUGAAGUGCGUCCGGACCAAUCCUGCUGUGAAUGAACACAUGGAUCCAGCAGCUCAGAUCAAGAAGCUUAAGAAGGAUGUACAGAUGCUGAAAGAGGAACUUUCCAUCUGUAAUACCUUGGUGAACCGGCCCAGCGCACUGCAUGAGCCGUUGUCUGAGGCCCAGCUGGCUGAGAUCGACAGCCAGGUUCAGAGGUACCUUGAGGGAAGCCUGAAAGAAAUCAGUAUCACAAGUGUCAGUCAGGUCCGAGCAGUGUUCGCCCAGUUCAAGCUAGCUGUGCACGGACAGGAGCAGAAGGUGAAUGCUCGAUUAUGUCAGACCUACAACUUGGGGGAGAAAGACCAAAGAGCUGAUGCAACUGCUGUCAAGAAGUGGGAUACCAGAGGCAGCUCUGAGGAAAUAGAGACUGGCAACACCAAUCGCCCGAGUUCAACCAGAGCCAAAACUCAAAAGUCUAAAGACAAACAGAGCCAAAGCAAGAGACAAGGAGAGGGGGGUCCAGUCUAUAAGAAGCGUAUAGACUCUGCGUCCAAAUCAAAGCUGAAUUCUGUCCAGAGGCUUGAAAGGGAACAGGAGUUAGAAGAACCAGACCCAGAUAGCCAGGACACACAGGAGUCACAACCACAUGGCAAAGAACCCUUUCACCCCGACUCUACACCUACCAAAGCAGAAGCCUUUGAGGAUUUUAAAUUGGGACGAGGCAGCAAGCUAAACCGCAUCCUUAAGGAGAACAAGGCCGUGCUACUGGAACGCCGCAGUCUUCAUCGACAGCUAACUGAGGAGGUCAACGCUGUCAAGAGAAACAUCGACUGCACCACAGCCACCAUACAGCAACACAGGGACACAAGAGAAGGCCAAGGUCGGUAUUCGGAUUUGGAGAGGGAGCCAGAUGCCACUUUAUUGAUGCAGCUCAGAGAUCUGAAGAUUCUGUACCGGCAAAGGUACGAGGUGCUGCAUGACAUCAAGGCAGAAAUCAACUACUGUCAGCACCUUGUGGAUCAGUGCAGGGUGCGUCUGCUAUCUGAAUUUGAGAGGUGGUAUGAAAAGUAUUUCCUGGGACCCGAGGAGGAUCUGGAGACAUCUAUGGAUAACACCCUUGAACAAUGUGAGGAUAACCAGCUGCUUCCCGAGAGCUCCGGCUCUGAGUCCUUCCACAACGCCCGCUACAAAAUGCUGAAAAGGAGGAAUACCAGGUCGCUGUGCUUCACUCCAGUGCAGAGGAACUCGUCGUCGCGGUCUGAGCAGAGAAGACUUCCUCAAAUCCCCCCCGUUAGCUAAGUGAGUUCAUGUAAAAACUAUAUUUAAACUUGGUCUCCACA